AUGAGUAGAAGGAACCAGACUGUGGUCACUGAAUUCCUUCUUCUUGGUUUCGGGAAUCUCGAUGGGCUGAGAGUCAUCUUGUUUGUACUGUGUUUGUUGGUCUAUGUGAUGACUUUGCUAGGGAACAUAACAAUAAUCAUGCUCGUAUCCACCAGCCAACUCUUACACUCACCGAUGUACUUCUUUCUUUGCCACCUGUCCUUUUCGGAUAUGAUGCUCACCACGGACAUCGUGCCAAACCUGCUGCACAUCAUCUUGGAGGGAGGGCGCACAAUGCCGUUUCUUGAAUGCAUCGUCCAGUUCCAACUCUUCGGAGCUUCCACCGGGACCGAAUGCCUACUGCUCACGGUCAUGUCUUACGACCGAUACCUAGCUAUCUGUAACCCAUUGUCUUAUGUGACCGUGAUGGGCACAAGGUUGAAACGCCACCUGGUCGCUUGGUCCUGGGUUCUAAGUUUCGUUAUCACUUUAACCGUAGCAAUCUUAAUGUCCAACUUGCAUUUCUGUGGGCCAAACAUCAUCGACCAUUUCUUCUGCGACUAUGUACCCAUCCUCCGUCUCUCCUGCUCGGACACUCGCUUGUUGCAGGUUGUGGACCUUGUCCUAACGGCGCCGGUGACUCUUUUACCAUUCAUCUUGAUUAUAAUCAGUUACAUCUGUAUUUCCAUUGAGAUUGUGAAGAUUCCCACUGGAAAUGGAAGGCAGAAGGCGUUCUCAACCUGCAGUUCCCACCUGACAGUUGUCUGUAUAUUUUACUUAUCUCUCAUCGCUAUUUAUCUAAUUCCAUCUUCCGGGAACUCAGUCACUGCACUUAAAAUAAUUUCCUUAAUGUACACGGUCAUCACGCCAUUUUUAAAUCCCUUAAUAUACUCAUUACGGAACCAGGAGAUAAAAGCAACCUUCAUGAGACUGGUUCUUCUUCAGGUAUAA